GCGUGUGUGUGUGUGUGUGUGAACGAAUAUCUUAGAUUGCAUAAUUAUUUAAGAGCAGCUGACUUUGAUACUUUUUAUGAUUCGCCAUGACAAGAAAGUUACUUUCAUAUUUUCUCAGGACAUCAACUUAACAUGGAUACACAAUACACAGUUUCAAACAAAAGGUAUAACUCCCACCAUACAAGAGAAACGUUCGAACAGAACUUAUCCAGGGGUGUUCAAGAUCCGAGUUUCCUACGAUCACGGAGUCCUAACUCGAGGGGAGGUCACUCCAAUUCUCAGUCAGACGUCAGUGACGACAGACAAAGGGGGAAACCUUACCCUCGGGGAACCCUCACCGAGCUGAAACAGAGAGUGUCACCAACGGGUCCCACUGAUCGCCCGGGCCAAAAUUCACUCCAGAAGGUCCAAAAAUGGAUCGAAAACAGCGAACAAGCGGUGCCAGUUGUCGUUGUUGAGGCAGCGUCAACUGACGGCAAUGACGUCACCCACGAUAUGCGAUCUCACUUCACGUCGUCUGAUGGACUACACACAUCUAAUGCGGACCAAGAUAGGCAGUCUGAAGGUGGCAGUAUUAAAGACGAGGACAGCACAUUUUCAGCCGGCGAGUCAAAUCCAAAGGGAGCUACGGAUCAACUGUUGUGGGACCAGUUCCAGAUGAUACCGAGAGACAAUGUGACCACGGAAACCUCGCUCUGGACUCUCAUACAGGGGAUCAAACUCAUAGCCUAUGGUCUUCUCUUCUGUAUGGUGCUGGGAUGUGCUGUGGUCAACAAGCUGUCCCUACUGACCAUGACGUCAGGGAUAGUGAAGAGCCUGAAGCGCGGAGGACCUAGCCCCACCAACACCAUGCUACUGAUCGGACUGUGCUUCCCGUACGUGUCCUGGCUCCUCACGUACUCAGCACGAUCAGUGUUUGGAAAUGUCGGCUGGCCCACAUUCAAAAUGACAAUCUCGGUGUUGGUUCUCGAAUCGCUACACAGCCUUGGAUUGUGUCUUCUACUUUUCAAAAUAUUGCCUGAAGUGGACAUGUUUCGUGCCUUAAUCCUCAUCUCGUCCAUACUGGUGGUGCCCUCAAUGUGUAGGGCCAUCUCUUCUACUGUCGAGCAAACAACGUCCAGGACAAAACGCUGCUUCAUCUCCUUGGCAAACCUCUUAGCCUUCUUCAUCCAGCUAGGCAGCGUGGUCCUGUGCACUGUGUCCGGCUUCACCUACAGCAGUGCAGAGAAACAGUCCAUCACAGACAGAGUGCAGGGUGAUGACAUGGACACCGUGGAGAGAGAAAGUCUUACCUUGUGGGAAAGAAUCUCCUGGGAAAUCCCCGUUGCUCUGGUUCUUAUCUCAAUCAUGACAUGGGAGAACUACAUUGAUGGAGACAUCUCUUUCUGCGGCCGCAGACUCCCCAUCACCAUCUGGAAGAAGAACCUCCUGCUGCUGCGGCAGCGGCUGUAUAUAUUCGUCAGCAUCUGGAAGGUCGGCAUGUCAAUACUCCUGGCCUUGAUCCUCAGUGACGACUUCCAUUUCACCUUAAUCUUCCCACAAGAAACCACAUCUUAUACAAACGCCACAACCAACCAGCAAUCGGAUGAUCUUCACUUCCAGCAAUAUGGCCCCUUCUAUGCCCACCUUGUCACGUCGGUGGUGUGUUCCUAUCUGGGUGGACUGGCGUGCAAGAUGUGCAUGCAGCGGUUUAGCUUCUCCCUGCCGCUGACACUCGUCACCCCCACGUGUGCAGCUGUGGUGAUGCUGCAGUGCGAAUUCAACUUCAUUCUGUUCCCCGGGGACACCUUCACGUGGGUGUGUCCGAGCCAGGAAGACCCUUGGCUGAAAUACCACCUAAUUCUCCUGGGACUCGUCUGGCUGUCACAGGUCAUCGUCACUGAGCAUGUCUGGUUCCCGGAUUCUAGCAGAAUGGCAAAGAUAGAAAGGCUGUUCGUCACCCCUGUCAGAUGCAGCGCCCUUACUGACCAGUUCCUGCUGCUACGUCGUCGGCGUGACGACCGGGAUCGUAUGUUGCUAAGCAACUGGGAUGCUGAAUCGCUUCUGGAUGAAGAUCCUUUCAAAUCCGACUCAGCAGUGCCCCUCAUCUACGCAUGCGCCACCAUGUGGCACGAGACAGUUGAAGAAAUGACGUUGCUGUUGAAGUCCAUCUUUAGGAUCGACAUAGAUCACAGUGCGCGCUUCCUGGCCCAGAAAUACUAUGGAAUCAAAGAUCCCGACUACUAUGAAUUUGAAGCACACAUAUUUUUCGAUGACGCUAUGGAGUUGACAGAUGACGACAAAAUGGUACCUAACACCUUCGUUGUUGAUCUCAUGAGCUGCGUUGACGACGCCAUAAGCUCUGUACACGAGCGGCAGAUAACCCUGGGUCCCCCGAUCCGUACCCCGACUCCGUACGGAGGGCGUCUGACGUGGAACCUGCCUGGGGGGACACAACUCACCGUUCACAUGAAGGACAAGGCUAAGAUACGUCAUAAGAAGCGGUGGUCACAGGUGAUGUACAUGUAUUAUCUGCUUGGGUUUCGAAUACUUGCCCAAAAUGACAACAGCAGUCCAGAAGAUAUCCUUGGUGACAAAAAGACGGGCCAACCCGUGGAAAAGGCCCAGUUGACCGCAACUCAACUGCGCAGGCGUAGACGAUGUGCGCACUUCACUAGGAGUGUCAUCUUUAACAACGUCAGCGAAGAUGUCCAGACAAAGGCGGAGAAUACAUUUAUUCUAGCCCUGGACGGUGAUGUGGACUUCCGCCCGGACGCUGUCCGUCUGUUGGUGGACAGGAUGACGAAGAAUAAGAAGGUCGGGGCUGCGUGUGGUCGAAUACACCCCACUGGGUCAGGUCCCAUGAUCUGGUAUCAGAUGUUCGAGUACGCUAUCGGUCACUGGCUGCAGAAGUCGACCGAGCACGUGUUUGGGUGUGUCCUGUGUGCCCCUGGGUGCUUCACAUUGUUCCGAGGGUCCUCCCUCAUGGAUGACAACAUGGCCCGGACAUACGCCAAGCGGGCCACCCAGGCAGGCCACUAUGUUCAGUACGAUCAGGGCGAAGAUCGCUGGCUGAGCACACUUCUCAUUCAACAAGGCCACAGAAUAGACUACUGCGCAGCCGCGGAUGCUUUCACGCAUGCGCCUGAAACCUUUUCCGAAUUCUUCAACCAACGUCGUCGAUGGGGUCCUUCAACUCUAGCCAAUAUCAUCGAUCUCUUGUCCACGUGGAAGAGUGCAGUAAAAAUCAACGACAAUCUCAGCUCCCCCUACGUGUUCUACCAAGUCGCUCUGCUAGUCUCUACAAUCCUUGGCCCAGCUACAGUGCUGUUGAUGAUGGCUGGCGCAUACUCGGUGGUGUUCAAGACGUCCAUCCUGCAGUCCCACGUUAUAUCCCUUAUCCCGGCUGUGCUCUACAUCCUUGUCUGUCUGUACACCAAGUCCCACACACAGCUGCUAGUGGGAGCCUUCCUCAGUGCUGUGUAUUCUAUAGUCAUGACCAUCGUUGUCGUAGGCACUGUGAGAACAGCUAUAGAUGGUACCAUCACCAGUCCUAAUGUCGUCUUCCUCAUAAUGCUGUCAUUCAUAUUUCUGAUAUCAGCUGUACUCCAUCCCGAAGAGUUUGGUUGCGUGUUGCCAGGACUUCUAUACUUUAUCUGCAUCCCUGCUAGUUACCUCGUCCUCAACAUCUACUUCCUGUGUAACCUCAAUGUGGUGUCCUGGGGAACCAGAGAAGCCCCAAAGAAGAAGACAAAGGAAGACGUUGAAAGGGAGAAAAUUGAACAAGAAGAGAAAAAGAAUAAGAAACAGAAACAUGGUGUCCUGGGAUGGCUAGGUUUAAAGAACAUUAUUGGGGAACUUGGUGAACUGUUCAGACAGAUGAGAACAGUCAUACACGAAUCCUUCAAAAUGAAUGAUGAGUCACAAAAGAAGAAGACAGAUCAGCUGUUGGAGGAGCUGAUCCUUGAGAUCAGGAAAGACAGGCUGGAUUCAAGAAGUUUCCAGCAAAGCAUAGACACGUCUUCUUCAUCGUCGGAGAGUGUUCAUGACUCUGAUGGCUCGGAAGAGCACGCGGCAUCGCUGUCAAUAACUCCGGCUCCUCAAGAAGCAGUUCCUGAAUCAGUGAACGGAAUCCCGUUAUGGUUGAAGAAAGAAGAUCCCGAAAAUCCCGGUUGGCUUUCGAGUCCAGAUAUUGGAGAUGGUCCACUGGUUUAUCUUGAUGACAAUGAAAACAUAUUCUGGAAGCAGUUAAUCAGGAAAUAUCUCCGACCAAUAGCCGAUGACAAGGAACACAAAGACAAAAUGUCAGCUGCUCUCAAAUCCUUGAGGGAUAAUGUUGUGUUCGCAUUCUUCAUGGUCACUGCAUUAUGGGUUGCCUUCUUCCUUCAACUGGAAAUUCUUCAAGAUGAGCUUAAAGACUAUCUCUAUAUCAAAAUACCUAGGUUAAAUUCAAAUGAAGAGCCUUUAACCUUCCAGCCAUUUGGACUGGCCUUCUUUGCCUUUUUCGCAUUUCUGAUUAUAUUCCAGUUUCUGGGCAUGCUUCUUCAUCGGUGGGGAACGGCGCUGCAUCUCUUGUCCAUUACCAAUAUCACAUUCGGACAAACCUUUACGGAACAAGACAAGGUAAAGGAUAUAAUACUGAAAGUAGCAGAGCUCCAGAAGAUGCGGGAUAUCGAACACGAACCGGAACCCGACUACGAUGAGCCUAUGCCAGACUACGAGGGAGAGAACGACAUGAACAGGUCCUACCCUGAGUCAGUUCCCGACCGCCCCCCUCCGUCCUACCACACCCAGGAUAUCCCAGUGCCCUUCUCCCCGGCACGGACUAAUGGAACAAUGAGACAGAUUUUCAAUCAUCAGGGUCAACCCACGGGUCGGACACUGCAGAGCGCGUUUGAGAAGAGAUACCGCAAUGAGGUGGUCAGGGGGCGAGGGCCGACCUCCCCGUACAGUCCUCACUCUGUGCUGCAGGUACCCGAGUAUCCAGAGCCGGACUAUGCCAACUAUUGAGCUUCGAGUCUUUAGGAAGCCACCAUAAAGUCUAAAACAACGUCAGCUUGAGUGAGUGAAUAUGGAUCUACGCCGCUUUUAGCAAUAUUUCAGCAAUAUCACGGCGGGGGAACACCAGAAAUGGGCUUCACACAUUGUACCCAUGUUGGGAAUCGAACCCGGGUGUUCGGCGUGACGAGCGAACGCUUUAACCACUAGGCUACCCGAACGCCCCACGUCAACUUGAAACGCCAUGGUCCGGACAUAACACUUUCGAACGAGUAUUGUUAGAAACACGAACAUGUAUGUGAAGGACGUUACGCCGUAGCAAUCGUUUGGUAAAUUCGGAAAUUACGGGAUUUCACUGUAGUUUUCUGAAAAUGGCACGGAUUUGACCUCGUAAACAUAUAGCAGUCCCCAUGCCAUCUGUUUUAAGUUGUAGUAGUAGACGAAACAGGUAUUAAAGUCACACUAAAGUGUUAUGAGUGAUCCUGGCAUAGUCAGGACAGGCUGCACAUAUGGAGUGAGUGGGAAGGUGAGGGGGUAGGCGUGCGGGUAGGCGUACGGGUGGGCGGAUGAGUGUACUGAUGAAAUAUAGGCAACUUCCACCUGUCAUCCAUACGAUCAUCUCAUCUUAUUGCCAUUAAAUACUUUGUCAAAUUCAUGUUCAAAACUUUUGAAAUCCAUUUUCCUUCACAGUUAAUAAAUUAUUUAAUAAAUUACUUAAAUUGAAAUUUAUAUCAUAGAAGUAUUUACAAAGUGCUUCUUAGGAAAAAACUGUGUAAAUUAUUUUAAUGGGAAUCUAAAAAAAAUAUUUUUCUCUGUUUCUGAACUGUUUUGAAUUUGACAGAUCA